AAUAUACAAAUGUGGAUUUUGUCCUUUUGUUGUAAUUAAAUUAUUUUGCUUAAUUUGCAGUUAGUAAGGGUAAAAAUGAAUUAAGGUUGUUAAGUUAGAUAACACAGCCUAAAUAAUACACGUGUUAUGCAUUAGUGUGUUAAUUGGCAAUGUAUUUUGAAGGGCCGUAAGCGGAUGUGUAGUAUUUUACAGAGCGCAUAGUAUUUUGCUCUGUGAGUGUGAGAAAAGGAAGAAAGGACUGAAGGGUUUACGGCUGCUUGAGGAGGAGGACACUGGCGCUUUAUUACCAUUAUUGCCCUCACUUAUAGCCCGUUUCCGCCUUCUUAACCUGGCGAAAGGUUGAACGGUUAAAAUGGAGGCGGACAGAUCCGGCGGUGGACCAAACCCGAACUUUGGAGGCGGCGGCAGCGGAGCUGGGCGCAACCCAAACGGGCCCAAAGCAGCACCGGGCCAGGCAACACCAGUAGCGGCUACCGGGGCCAUGGCAGCCGCCGCCGCCGCCGCAGCAGCAGCAGCAAUCGGAGUCAUGCCGGGGUCGUCGCAUUCUCGAGAAUCACAGCAGGACGGCGAUUCGGGAAUGAAUCUUCCUGGGAUCCUGCACUUCAUCCAGUACGAGUGGGGACGCUUCCAGGCCGAGAAAUACCGCUGGGAGGCGGAGAGGGACGAACUUCGGGCUCAGGUGGCAUUCCUACAAGGCGAGCGGAAAGGACAGGAAAACAUGAAACAGGACCUUGUAAGACGGAUUAAAAUGUUGGAAUACGCUCUCAAACAAGAAAGGGCUAAACACCAGAAGCUGAAGACUGGAAAUGACGCGAGUCCCGGCGACAAGAAACCAGAGAUGGAAGCAGAACCACUUCCCAAUGGCCCAGCUGAGUCAGACUCGGAACCAGCCAAUCAGAUGUCAUGGAAGGAGGGACGUCAGCUACUACGCAAAUAUCUGGAGGAGGUGGGCUACUCGGACACCAUACUGGACAUGCGCUCUAAACGCGUGCGCUGUCUGCUCGGGCGGAGCAGCCCUGAAGCGAACGGGCCGCCGCCACCUGAGUCCUCCCCAGAGCCUGAGACACGCUCGGGUGGAGAAUCAUUGUUGGUCAGACAGAUAGAAGAACAGAUUAAGAGAAAUGCGGGCAAAGAAAGCUCCAAAGAACGGCUCGGCGGUUCAGUGCUCGAUAAGAUCCCAUUCUUGCACGGUUGUGAGGAUGACGACGAAGAUGACAGCGAUGAGGAAGACGACUUCCAAGGCAUGGCCACGGACUGCAUCGAUGGUCCACGCAAGAGCAAAAAGUCCCGCGUAAAGAUGGGUUCAGAGCCCAUGACCACAGACCUGGACCCGGAGGACGAUGACGACGAGGACGACUCGGAAGACGCCCUCAGUGAAUUUGACUUUCUGGGCUCCGGGGAGGAUGGGGAGGGGGCGGGAGAGGCCAGGAUCUCUGGGGACGGACGGGAGUUAGAGAACCGCAGGAACAAGUUACAAGGCAUGAUGUCGGACUUCCCCUCAAAACCUGCCCCGCCUCCUUCUGUGUCUGGACAAGCUCGCUCUGGGGAAGGUGGCGCCUUGGGUUUCUCCUCGGACGUCUUCAUUAUGGACGCAGUCGGAGGUGGAGACAUGAACUUGGGUGAACUGGCUGAUCUCACCGUUGCCAAUGACAACGAUCUCUCCAUGGAUAUGCAUGAUAACCGAGAUGAGUUUAAGAAGACCUGGAACCCUCGCUUCACGCUACGGAGUCACUUCGACGCCAUCCGGGCUUUGACCUUUCACCCGACCCAAGCGGUUUUGCUCACGGCCUCUGAAGACGGAACACUAAAGCUAUGGAACCUCAAUAAGGCUAUGCACUCAAAGAAGAAUGCAGCUUUAGAUGUCGAGCCCAUCUACACAUUUAGAGCGCACAGUGGUGCGGUUUUGUCACUAACCAUGGGAGAAGAUGGAGAUUCCUGCUACAGCGGGGGUCUGGAUGGAAGCGUGCGAUGUUGGAAGAUGCCGGACCUCAACGUAGAUCCCUAUGACAACUACGACCCUGGCAUCGAGAGCAGCGUGCUGGCAGGCCACGAGGACAUUGUGUGGGGUCUGACGUACUCCGCAGUCCACCAACGGCUGGCCUCGUGCUCGGCCGACGGCACGGUUCGCAUCUGGGACCCGCAGCACUCCGCCCCCUGCCUGUCGGUCUUCAACAAGGAGAGAGAAAACGGGACACCCACCUCAGUGGCCUUUGUGGCUUCUGACCCCAACCAGGUGGUGGUGUCGUAUGAUGGUGGCCAGACACUGCUCUAUGACUUUAACACAGAGCAGAGCAUCAUAGCACUAGAGACGCAGACCAAGGAUGGAAGUGAGUUAAUUAACCGUGUGGUUAGUCACCCCUCUGAGCCCAUCUCCAUUACUGCACAUGAGAACCGCACCAUCCGUUUCUUAGACAACAAAACAGGUAAAGUGGUCCACUCAAUGGUGGCUCACCUGGACGCGGUCACAUGUCUCACCACGGAUCCUAAAGGCACUUACCUCAUCUCUGGCAGCCAUGACUGCUCAGUGCGCCUGUGGAUGCUGGACAACAGGACGUGCGUGCAAGAGCUCACCGCCCACAGGAAGAAGCAUGACGAGGCCAUACACGACGUGGCCUUUCACUGCUCGCAGCCCUUCAUCGCCAGCGCCGGCGCCGACGCACUCGCUAAGAUCUUUGUCUGACAACACUGCUGGACAACCUCAACUGGGCCGAAAGAGACAACAGAGGACAUUAUUUCCGCCCUCACACACACACACACACACACACACACACACACACACACACGGUUGUCCUGCACCCCACUGGCUGGGUUGUUGUCACAGGACGUCACCGCCCCUCACUUCCUCACAGUUUUAUGCCUCAGUGACUUGUUGUUAUACAAACCACUCUACUUUGUUUUUUUAAUGACGCUAGGAGCUCCUCUGAUAAAACUCACCUAAGGAGAAACACUUUUUUUCUACACUACAGUGCGCUAUUCCGCUCCCCCCCUGCCCCAACCCUACAGGUCUACUAAUUUCAAAACCCUCCAAGGAGAAACGUGACCUCACAUGUCAUUUUAUUAGUCAACAAACUUUUGUCCAAUUGUUCCACUGGCCAGCCUGCUGGUAUAGCAUACUGUGGCUCAGUAGCGGCGAUAUCAAAAACAUGGUGGAGUCAUUCCAAAGACUUUUAAAGAAGCAGUGUGUGAAUAUGUGUGUGUGUGUGUUGUUUUCUUACCCACGGUCUGAGAAUGUUCCACAUGCCAGUGUUUCAACUUUAAUAGCUUUAAUUUCAACUUUGCCACGACCCGUAGGUUCACUGUGUGAGUGUCAUGAAUGUUUAUCACACCCGUGGUCCGUUUAAGGUCAGGCGCAGAGUGCAGGGUGAGGCCUGUGUCUGGGGGUGUGUGUUGGCGGCAAAUUGCGCUGCUUUUACUGUACAGAAGUGUGUAUCUGUAUUUGCACUAGUGAAAUCAUGGUGCUAUGGAAGCCUGUGUUAGUGUUCUUUUGCAGAGACUUCACAGUGGAAUCAUUUCAUCGACCGGUCUUUUUUUUUAUAUAGAACUAAAUCCCCUCCUCUGUCUGUUGGAUGUGAGAGACAUCUGUAGCUUCCUCACAUUGUUGUGUGUUCCUUUCAUUAGUACCCGUGUCAGUGGGUGCGUUCAGGCUUUUAAAAAAGAAAAAAGAAGCUGGUCAUCACCUUGGCUAGUAGUGCAUGAGUUGCACAGUAGCACGUUAGCCUCCCUGGAUGCUAAUGCUAAUGGAUAAUAGCUCCAUCACGGCCCCCUCUGUCACCAAACACAGGAAGCAAUGCCGUGGGUGUAAGAACGUCAGUUCACAGCACUCAUCUGCACUUUAGUUUGCCAUUUUGCCCAUCACCCACAAUCCUUACGUGAGACAAGAACACACAUGGCUUUCCCUUCUCCUUGCAUGCUAAAUAGUGAAAAACUGCUCCUAAGAUUGAUUGAAACUUUUUUUAGGAGUAUUGCACAGUACAGUACAUAUUCCGUACAAUUGACCACUAAAUGGUAACACCCAAAUAAGUUUUUCAACUUGUUUAAGUCGGGGUCCACGUUAAUCAAUUCAUGGUACAAAUAUAAACUAUCAGCAUAAUACAGUCUUCACACAAGUUAAUCAUCAGAGUAUAUACAUUGAAUUAUUUACAUUAUUUACAAU